CCUUGAGUCCCCCCCCUCCCCCUUGUCUUCCCGAUCCUCCUCAUCCUUGUCCGUUGUUGCUGUGUGUGUGUGUGUGCGAGUUGCUUAUGCCUGGAUAUUGCCUGUGCCUGAUCCUGCGCCGCCCUCCCACCCGUUCUCCUCAUCUCUUCAUUUCUGCACAGCUAACACUUUUUUGAUUAGCCCGUCCGCCAUUCUACACACUCUCUCUUUUCCCAUUAUUACCUUUUUUUGACUUUCCGUUCCCGCGCCUGGUCGCAUCUUGCCUUCAUUUGGUUCGUCUUUUGUUUCGACUUACAUUCACCACACCGACCCCGACCCCGUCCCUCCCCGUCUUCGCCCUCAUAUACUUUCCGGCCUCCCGCCCCCCCUCCCAUCCCUUCAUAUUCUACGUGCCGUGUGUCUGUGUGAGAGAGAGUUUAUUGUUGUUCGCCUAUCCGCCCCAUCCCUACGACGAAAGACGACAACGACGACCGACUCUUCCAGGACCAACCGAGAGACCUUUUUUCACCCCCCCCAAAAAAAGGCUUGCGGCUCUCACGCCCGGCCCAGAAUGUAAACGAUGAACACCGAAGCGCGGAACCACGACGACUCUGUACACACUUUUGUGAACCCUUUCGUGCAGCUGAACGUCGGGCUAUGGUGCCUUUUUACCGGUGCGACCGUUUUCCUCGCACUGCGCCUAUGGUGUAAAAUCACAAGACGACACGGGCUGUGGUACGAUGAUUACAUUCUUAUGGUGACUUGGAUCAUUCUUUUAGCGAACAACACAUUGAUUGUUUACGAAUUCGCGACCGGCUAUGUGCUCGAAGACUCGACGAAGCAGUGGGACGACCGCAUGCACAUCCUCAUCAACAUCUCGUCCUGCGGCACGCUGAUCGGCCAGGCGUGGACCAAGACGGCCUUCGGGGUGACGCUCCUGCGCAUGAGCAACCAGUGGCAGCGAUGGGUCCUGUACUUCUGCAUCGCCACGAUGAACAUGUACAUGGUCGCCAAGGUCAUCAUCCAGUGGGGGAAGGUCUGCGGCAGCAAGACCUACGAGGGCGACUACCGGCUCCAGUUCUGUCUCGAGAAGCAGUUCCGCAACGACUUCAAGGAGGGCGGCAAUGUUUACAACAUCAUCAUGGACUUCGUCUUUGCCUGCUUCCCAUGGUUGAUCACCCGCACACUGGAGAUGAAGCGCGCCGAGAAAGUCGGCCUCUGCAUCACGAUGAGUUUGGGAAUGAUCGUCGCCAUUGUCUCGGCCAUCAGAGUCGGCUGGAAAGACGAGGGCAACGACCGUGACCCUUGGUACAUCUACCGCAACGGCAUGUCCCAAAUUUGGUACUCGUCGGAAAUUACCGGCACCAUCAUCGUCCAGUGCAUCCCCAUCCUGCGCCCGAUCCUUCGCGAAAUCCACACGUCGCUGACGUCCAAGCGGCUCGAGUCCACGGCGGACGGCCGGAGCACGACGUUUGGCAGCAAGCUCAGCAGCGGCAAGCGGAUAUCGACCGGCGCCGUCCAGAACGACAAGCUCGGCAACGAGCGCAUCGCCCUGCGCGAGAUUCCCGAGGAGUCCUCGGACGAGACGCCGCCGCACUGGAAGUCCUCCUACCCGCGCGAGUCCGACUCGACGACGACGUCGCCCUCCGAGGCCGACUUCAAGCCGCGCCCGCCCACCGCGCCGCUGCCCGACAUGUGGCCGUUGUCCGGGAGCGAGGCCCCGAACCUCAACCUCAACCUCAACGGCUCCUCCAACUCGGGCAAGAGCCUGGACUUCGAGUUCGAGCCCCAUUCGAACUCGAAUUCGAAUUCGCAUCUGGAUCUGGAACAGGGACACGUCCAGCAGGGACUAUCGCCGCCGCCGCCGCCUCGCAGGUUUCCCUAGAAUCAUGAGACGAACAAACAAAUGGGACGACAAAAAUGUCGACACUUGUUUUUCUUUCUCGAAGCAAAGUAAAACAGGAACCUUGGACUUCCGCCCGCGGCCUCCCCCCCCCCCCCCCUCCUCCCCAUCCCGAAAAGCCUGUUGUUGGAUAAUUGCACCUCAGCAAUGGACCGAAUAAUUGGUUUCUGGAUCCACGAAAAGAAAAAAAGGGGUUCGUGCACCAAAAUAAAAGACACUCAUUAAAAAACGCCCUGUAAUCCUUAUACCGACCGACCCUCACUUCACCCUCCAACCCCGCGCCAGCAACGAAAGGGCGUCCCAGACGUCGCAACGAGGCGGUUCAGUUGGCACAAGGGCCGCACGCAACACACUCCCUCGACUUGGCCGCCGUUACUGCGCAUACCACACACACACACACACACACUCUCUCUCUCUCUCUCUCUCACUCGCUCACACAACCCUCCCCAACGAUCGUCGAGACCGGUACCGUAUCACUCAUCACAAAACGCACGCCGCUGGGGGAGGAGGGGAGGAGACUAUGGGACCGCCGCCCAUCAGGGAAAGACCCUGAUUGAGAUGACAAAAAAAGACUGGAGUUCAUUGACGGAUGGGGACAGAUGGAUGAAUGGGAUCAAUGGACAAGACGGAUGGGGCAGGCGAUGAUCACUGAGGGCAUGUGGGGGAACGCUGAAUCCGGCACACAGAUAAGCCCCUUGUAUAUUACUCGCGUUAUUUGGAUUGGUUGAGCGACAUUUUGUGUAUUUACUUUCGGACGAUUGGGCUCUCUCAAGAGAGAACAGAGAAAAGAACAAAGAAGAGGGUAGAAAGCCUAGUCAGUACAUAACUUCAAAGAACCCAUCAAAUCAACUACAUACAGAC